CUCUCUCUCUCUCUCUCUCUCUCUCUCUCUCUCUCUCUCUCCCCUCACUAUUCUCUCAUUUCCAAAUUUUGUUCAACAAUAUCGCUCUAGAAGUUCCUUUUUUGGGAUUAAUUUGUUGCAAUUUCGGAUCUGAAAUCGGGUUUGGACUAAAUCCGUUUUCGAGUUUGUUGACUUUUUCUGAGUUUUGAAGUUAAGAGAUUUUUCGAUGUCUUCAACGUAUUGGUGUUAUAGAUGCAACAGAUUUUACAGAGUAUACAACGAGGAUUCAGUUACAUGCCCCGAUUGUAACACCGGAUUCGUCGAAGAAGUCGAGGCUCCGACCCGAUCCUCUCUCUCCGGGUCCCGCCGACGCCGUUUACCCGCGCCGCGCAAUUCCGAUCAGUCUCCAGGAACGGGUCCUAUUUCCGGGACGGGUCAUGGUUCUGGGUCAAGUCCAGGUCUUCGCCGGAACCGGAGGAAUGGAGGCGGUGAUCGGUCACCGUUUAAUCCCGUCAUCGUCCUUCGUGGUGGAGGAGGGGGGGGAGGGGGAGGGGGAGGGGGAGGAGGAGGGGGAUUUGAACUAUAUUAUGAUGAUGGAGCUGGGUCGGGCUUAAGACCCUUACCGGCUACUAUGUCGGAGUUUUUACUUGGGUCGGGUUUUGACAGGCUGUUGGAUCAGCUUGCUCAAAUUGAAGCCAAUGGUAUUGGAAGAAUGGAGAAUCCUCCAGCUUCAAAAGCAGCAAUAGAAUCAUUGCCCACAAUUGAGAUACUUAAUGACCAUAUUGCCACUGAAUCAUACUGUGCAGUGUGUAAGGAGCCAUUCGAGUUAGGUACCGAGGCACGGGAAAUGCCAUGUAAGCAUUUGUACCAUUCGGAUUGCAUACUCCCAUGGCUCUCAUUGCGCAAUUCGUGCCCCGUCUGUAGGCACGAAUUGCCCACAGAGUCACAGGACGUUGUCGAUUCGAACGAACAGAACGUUGUAGUAGGAAAUGAAGAGGCAGUGGAGGAGGAAGCUGUUGGAUUGACAAUAUGGAGAUUACCUGGUGGUGGUUUUGCUGUUGGGAGGUUAGGAGGGAGGAGGGGUGGUGGGGAGAGAGCACUUCCUGUUGUGUACACUGAAAUGGAUGGUGGGUUUAAUAAUAGUAGUAAUAAUAAUAAUGGGGUUACAAGGAGGAUUUCUUGGGGCUCUAGAGGGAGCGAAUCGCGGAGAAAUGGUGGAUUGAGGAGGUUUUUUGGCAACUUGUUUUCGUGUUUUGGUGGUGGUGGUGGUGGUUCUUCUUUAACGUCUAGUUCCACUAGUUCAGAUUCUAGGAUAAUAAAUCGAAGCGGGAGUAGUUCGAUGUCUUCUGUAUUUUUAGCUACAGCGAGAAGGCGUAGAGGUUGGGGUGGGAACUAACCUGUUAGUUAAGUGGAGAAGGGUAGAGGGGCAGGGACCAUCUUUCCCGAGUUUUCAAUGGUUGUGGUUGGUCCAAAGGAUUUGCCACAGACGGAUUUCUUUGAUCAUAAAGAAAAAAAAGAUGGUAACUUGAAUACUGGUGGAUGACAAGUUUAUCGUCAUUGUAAAUAACUGGAUGUUAAUAUUGGCUCUUAAUUGGCACGCAAGAAUUUAUUUUUGAUAUCUGUGAAGAUGAUAUAAAAGGGGAGGAUGACACUGGAAUAUUAGUGUAAGAAUUGACUUCUGGCAAGAAGGUAGACUGCCUCAACUCUCAAGUGCCAAAUGUGCCUUUGAACUUAAAGAGAGCCCGCAAUGUAAUUCUUUCUUAUAUUCUCUUAUCUUUACGUUUUGAAGCUUUUAGUUUAAGUUUAUAUUCAGUCCCCUUUGUUCCAAUAGUCUAUUGAAACUUACGAAGCUUACAUGAAUUAUGAGUUUCUUGUAUCUGGACUUCUUCACUUUUUAUUGGAAAUUCAGGUAUGUCCCGCAAUACGGGACCCUGCAUUUAGUCUUGGCUUGUUUAUUAAAGACUUCCUUUUGAUCAUGUAAUUAAAUUGUUCAUCGAAGAUUAUAAAUAGCAAAUUGUUUCCUUAUA